GUAUGGGGGGCUGCGGAUGGUCACUAUGGAGGACGCUCUCUCUCUCUGCUGAGUGCUUCCUCGCCUUCACCACUAGGGGGCAGCGAUGCCACUGACCUGCUGGGGAGCGCAGCGGCUUGCAAUCAGUUAAUUGUUUCCAUGACAACGUGGCGAGGAUCCUCCUCAGCGCCGGGGAUGCUGCCUGCAUGGAUGUGACCUUGUGCAUUAGAUGGCAAGCUCCGCAGGCGGGGUCAGAUGCUGCAGGCUACGAUCUGAUUGUGAGCGGUGCUGGGGGUGCAGGAAAUGAGGCGGCGUGCUGUCAGCGCGCCUUCCUGUGAGUCAGCACACUGCCUGCCAUUGGCCGGCCGCUGUCACCUCCACGCCUGACCUCUCCUCCUGUCACAGAUCCCUCUUUCCUUCCUCUGGGUGGGAUUGGCACUACGCCUCUGGGACAUGCCUCUGCUUUACACUGCUGUCUCUCUCCUGUGAAUGGAUGGCCGCCGUGGGAUUCGCUCUCCUGGGUCCUAGAGUGACAUGUGACUGCUCGGGGACCGAGGGGGCUGUGUCACCGCACUAUGAGACCCGGAGCUCUGGUGUCUGUAGACUACAAGCUGCCAGUGGGGGGCGUCAUGGAUCUUCUGCCCAAAACCAAGUAUAACCACCUGCGUAACGAGUCCGUCAGCUCGGUGGAAGAUGCCCCGGGCACGGACGUCAUGGUGGCCUUGCCCAGCUCCUCCUCUUCCUCUUCCCUGGCCCCCAUGCUGAACCUGGCUGAACUCUCCUCCGAGUCCGAGGACAGCCCCACCACCUUGUGCUCCUUCUUCCCAAAAAUGGCCAAUCUGAAGCUCUCCAACCCUGCCCACCUGCUGAGUCUGCGGGGCUUCUCGUCCGGGCCGGGGAAGGAGGCGGGGAGCCCCGGGGAGCCGGUGGACCUCGUCGGCAGCCCGGACUCAGGCAGGACCUUUACUGUUUUCUCCCAGGAUAUGAACAAGCUCAGCUGCGGGAGGAAAGCCCGAGUGGAGGGAGGGCAGCUGGCCGGGGACGAGUGGACCAGACAUGGCAGCUUCGUCAACAAGCCCACCCGCGGCUGGCUGCACCCCGACGACAAGGUGAUGGGUCCCGGAGUCUCCUACCUCGUCAGGUACAUGGGAUGUGUGGAGGUUCUGCAGUCGAUGCGGGCUCUGGACUUCAGUACUCGGACCCAGGUGACGCGAGAAGCCAUCAGUCUGGUGUCUGAUGCCGUCCCUGGAGCUAAGGGGGCCCUCCGGAGGAGAAAGACUGGCGGCCGCUCUCUGAACUCUAUCCUGGGGAAGUGUAACCUGAAGUUUGCAGGCAUGCCCAUCACACUGACGGUGUCCACCAGCAGCCUGAAUCUGAUGGCAUCUGACUGCAAGCAGAUCAUCGCGAACCACCACAUGCAGUCCAUAUCGUUCGCAUCUGGAGGAGAUCCGGACACAGCAGAAUACGUCGCUUAUGUUGCCAAAGAUCCAGUCAAUCAGAGAGCCUGCCAUAUCCUGGAGUGUCCCGAGGGUCUGGCUCAGGAUGUCAUCAGCACUAUAGGACAGGCCUUUGAACUGCGUUUCAAGCAAUACCUCAAGAAUCCUCCCAAAUUAGUGACUCCACACGACAGGAUGGCAGGAUUUGAUGGCUCAGCGUGGGAUGAAGAGGAAGAGGAGAUCCCGGACCAUGCAUACUACAAUGAUUUCCCAGGGAAGGAGCCACCAAUCGGUGGGGUUGUGGACAUGAGAUUACGAGAUGGGCCUGCUCCUUCAGUGCCGAGACAGAGCCCCAAUCACAUGGGGGCCACACUGCCUGUCGGACAGAUAUCUGGUCCAGAGCAAGAGUCACGAAAACUGCAGCCACAGCCCUCUGUGCAAGGUAAGGACAGGUGCCCAGUGCCCAGUGCCAAGCCUAUGAAUCGGCCAGACCUUUUUGAUGACCCUUCCUAUGUAAAUGUGCAGAACCUGGACAAGUCGCGGCAGCCUGUACGUGGCUCCACCAAUGGCCAGAGAGACAUCUUUGAUAUGAAGCCAUUUGAGGAGGCCAUACCACCAGGGGCCUCCAUUGUGAGUAUGGAGGAACAGCUGAAGCGAGAGCCUUGGUACCAUGGGAAGAUGACCAGGAAAGAGGCUGAGCGUCAGCUGAAGGUCAACGGAGACUUCCUGGUGAGAGAGAGCACCACCACCCCGGGGCAAUACGUCCUGACUGGCCUGCAGAAUGGGCAGCCCAAGCACCUGCUGCUGGUGGAUCCAGAGGGAGUGGUCCGGACCAAGGACCACCGUUUUGAGAGUGUGAGUCACCUGAUCAGCUACCACAUGGACAAUCACUUACCGAUCAUAUCUGCCGGCAGCGAGCUGUGCCUCCAGCAGCCUGUGGAGCGCAGACUGUGACCGUCCUGCGAGCAGCGGCCUCUUCCCGUACUGCCGCCGCCAUGCUCCUCACCUUCAAUCAG